UAAAAUUAGAUCAUAUGAAUGAUCGACAGAUUAAAUACGUUUUCAAUUGUUCAUAUAAUGCUUCCAAAAGAAUGCAUCAAGGAUAUAUUUGAAUCGAUAUAUGAUGAUUACAAAACUUUAUAUUCAUGUCUAUUAGUAAAUCGGUUGUUCUGUAGAAUUAUUGUUCCAAUCUUGUGGAGAAAUACUUGGUAUUUCGGGUACAACGAUCAUAUCAUAAUUAGUCUAUCAAGAACGUAUUUUUCAUGUUUAACAGAUGAAUCAAAGGAACUUAUCAAGAAUAACAACAUAGAUAUUUCUCCACCAACGCAACAUUCGCCUUUAUUUAAUUAUAUUGAGUACUGCCAGUAUAUAUAUUUACAACAAAUACGAUGCAUGUCGCAUGCAAAACUUUUACAAGAAGAAUUCAUUAAAUUAUUUUUGACCAGAUGUACAAAAAUAGUUCAUCUGGAUUUCCCUUAUUGUCCACGUGGAAUUGAAAAUAUUUAUUUGAGUUCAAGCCUUUCGCAUUUGUGUGAAUUACAUUGUGAUACCAUCACAUCAUCAGAAUUUUUUUUUGAACUUUCCAAAACGUGUCAUAAGAUACAAAGGCUUUACAUUAGUACAUGUGAUGAUGAUAUCGAAGGGUUGGCAACUUUAAUAAAAGUACAACAUGAAUUACAAUUUGUUUAUUUGAGAUCUGAUGACAGUCAAGGAGUACAAAAUGAGAGAAUCGGAGAAGCAUUGGCGAUACAAGCGAACACUUUAAUGCAUGUACGAUUUUGUGGUCAAAUAUGUAUUCCAUAUAAUGCUUUCUAUUCUUUCAUAAAUCUGAAAAGAUUGGAAUUGGAAUUAUUUGAAGAAAUUGAUGCAAGAUUAUCAGAUGCGGCUUAUUUUCCUAAAUUGAAAGUGUUGGAAAUUAAGUAUAAUAAAUUGACACCAUUUGAAGUUUACACAAAUCUCAUUGGGAAAACUGAAGGUACUCUUGUUAGGAUUCAUUGGAAUUAUAUUAAUACUCCGCCUACGACUUUAUCUUUACGUAAAUAUAUUCAAACGGUCAUUAAUAAUUGUCCAAAUCUUGAAUUCGUAACAAUCUGGUAUCAAGAUUCAAUACUAGAUGAUUUAAAACAACUAUUGAUUUCUAGCUUAAAAUUAAAAGGACUUAAAAUAAUAUUUUAUUGUACAUCUGACAUAGACAAAUUAUUCAAUUUGUUGGCAGAUAAAGCUCCUCUUUCUUUAACAAUUUUAUGUUUGGAUGAAGUAAAUUAUUACCAUAAUUCUUUAUUAUCAAUUGAGAAUUUGGAUAAAUUAUUAAAGAUGUGGAUUGAUAGACCACCACUUUUAUUAUAUAUUUGGAGUCAAUUAAGACAAAGUUUAGAACUAUUAAAAGUCAUGGACGGUUAUCUUAAUGAUGAUGUGCUGAAUGAUUUUGAUUAUCUUUAUUCUUUGGAUUGUGUAGAGGUAAUAAGAAAAUCUUGGGAAAUUGAAAUACCUUAUGGAUAUAUUUAAUGAAUACCUUUCUAGCCAGUACAUAUAAGAUUCAACUAAUGUACUGUACAUUAUGCCAAUUUAGAUAUAUAAAGAUCUUAUUAAUAUAAAUACAAAUACUUAAUAGUAGGAAUGUUUGAAUUUACCCACUAUGGCCUAUCAAAAUAUUCUUUUGCUUUUAAUCUUUAAAAUAAAUAUAAUUAUACCAAUAUAUUAAUUUUAGUAUCAGUUAUUUAUAAAUGACGCCUGAUAAAAUUAUUGGACAUUUCAUAUUAUCCCCUGAUCGGCACCAUUUACACGAUUAUGCAAAUGUAGUAGUUAUACCUACUGGGUAGCUAAUUUUAUAUAUAUUUAUUUAUCCGUUUCUAGGAAAUUUUGCACUA